AUGAGCAGCAGCGAGGAGAUUCUGAGUGGAACAGACGAUGACGACAUUCUCGAGGCGAUCCGGCCGAGCGGAAGCAAACCGAUAAAGCGUCCUUCGCCAAAGCCCAUAGUGGAAAAACCAGACGACGACGAGAUUUCCAUCCCAGCCAUCUUCCUCACUCAAGGUGCCAAAAACACCAGCCUCCUAAAGAAGGCCAAGGAGAUCUCGAAACACAUUGAGGAGGAAAAGGAGAAAACAGAACGGCAGCAGGAGGAGCUUGAACGGAUCAGAAAGGAGGCGCUAGCGGAGUUGAACGAAAACGGCCUGGCCUUGAACUACACAUACAAAACAGGCCAUUCGUUGAUUGAAGCGUAUGUGCAGAGCCACUACGCCAACCACUACUCCUUGAGAACACACAGACACUUUUAUUUCUUUGGCGACUGCUAUAGGUUGAACUUGGGUGGUGUUUCCGAUGAAAAGGCCAGGGUUCUAGAGACCUUGGCGUUUUGCUUAGAUGAAGGCAUGUUUCCGGCGUAUUCGAGGUCGCUCAAGGCGAUGGGCAUUUCUUCCAUGGAGAUCGCUGUUUACUUUGUUGAUACGUGCGUGGAUGAGACCGUUUUGGAGGGUGUUUUUCGGUUUCUUCAGCAAUACGAUGAACGAGGCGGUGGCUUGGAUUUGAUGGAACACGUUAGCGGAACCAAGGCAUCCUACGAAUUGCCUUUGAAAAUGCAGCAUUUCAACAACACCGUCCGUCUUUCGCUUCUACGAGCGGCGUUGCUCUUUGAGGCUUGUGAUGCUUCCAGUCAUACAGAGACCUACCUUCUCAAUUUCGUGCUUGCAUCGUCUGACUUUUACGCCAACAAGAGGGAACGAAAUUCGCUCUUAGAAUUCAUCAUCAAACCAGUCUUCAGCCGUGUGGUGCUUCUAGAUUUGGGCCUGCAGUUGUGGGACACCUUGAUGAAGUUGCAGCUACACUUUUUCAACAAGAAACCCGAUUCUAGCAAACUAAAACACUACGAGUUGAUUUUUAAUUUCUUGAACAACCUCCAGACCGCCUUCAGGCACGAGGACGGCGAGACAAUCGCUUUGUAUCUGCUUCUUCGAGGCUUCCUCCAAGAUUCACAAACGCUACCCACAAAAACCUCAAACGACAAGAUCACCAUUGACGAGAUCAGUCAGGUCCUCAACGACUCCCUACCGAACCUGUCCUCCUCCGACCAUGCAGCUCAGGCAAACCCCAUCUACAGCUAUGUCUACAAGACCAGAAUUUGCACCAAGCUUCUCACGGAGCUUCUCUACUCCGAUACCAACAAAAAGCCAUUUUUGAACCUCCACAUCCAGCUUCAAACGCUCAAAGACCGUCUUCAGCAGGAUAUGAGUCACUGGCUCUUCCUCAGCAACGACAUACCAUACAAAACGGAUGUUUCAGCGGCAUUGAGCGAGGCCUACCACACCCUCGACCACUUCAGCACAGUACUCAACAAAAACAUUCUGCUUAUCCAAAAAGACAUUUUCUACGAGGACCCUAAUUAG